AUGGCGCCAGAUGCCGCACUACGCUGGAAUAUUGUCACCGUCUUUUUCCAGAUCGUUGCGGCCUCCGGCCUAUCCUUUUGCCUGGCACGGAGCUCGUUCUGGCACAUAGACAGAAGAGCUGGCCAUUCGGACCUACAAGUUUAUCUACAAGAUCAGUCCUCUCAAGCAUCCGACCACGUCAGAUCUGCCCAAGGGCGGCCCAGUUUUGUUGGUAUCUCAUCAUUUCUCCACGCCAGCUCUCUCAGAACGAACAUUAACCACUAUAUACCCGGAAACUACAUCUUUAUCACAACAUAUGCCCGGUUUACAGCGUUCCUUGCCCUCCUCAGCGCUUUACUCUUCGUCAUCUGCUUCGCCACGCUCUCCGUCGGGUUGACCAUCAGUCCACAAAUGCCUGAAGAGGGAACGAUACAGAGGAUGAGAGACGAAGCCACAUGUAUGGCCCUGAUCUACAUCUGUAUAGGCUUAUAUGCCAUUACAAGAAUCUUUGUUUACAUGUUCUUCGUCGAACGAGUAUACCUCGUUCGAUGUGGAGGAAUCAAUGUCCCACGACUCUCGACGACAACCUACCGCGGCGCCUUGUUCGGGUUCGCCAUCUACCUUGCGAUCAUGAUUAUUCUCGUGGUAGGACGUACAGCCAAACUACAACCACCAGCCGACCAUGAAGAGGGCUCAACGCAAUCAUGCAUCAUAGGCAUACAUCUUUACGGCCUCAUCCCAUUCUUUCUCUUCGACCUCUUAUUCAGCAGCAUACUCACCAUUGCAUUUGUCGUUUCCAUUCUUAAUCAGGAUAAGAAUGACGAGGACCGACGAAAACUCUCCAUCCCAAUGUUUCUCACAAAACGUCGGAAACAAGCAGACGCUCCUGCGCAAGAUUGGGCUCCUCAGCCUACAGAACAGCCCGGUUCCAUCUCAGGAAUCCCACCAGAGCGUUCGGGCCAAUCAAACCCUGCACCCACCGUCGCAGAAACCGAAGACUUUGUGUCAUGGCAAGACAUCGUUUUCGAAUCUUCACAUUCUUCUCUACGCAAACUUGCAAUUCGUUCCUUGAUCGCAAGUCUCAUCGGCCUCAUAGCGUCGUGCGUCAAUGUCGCUGUAUGGAUCGCAUAUCGUGGACGUCGAGAGUCCAUGACCUGUAUGCGAUGGUGCUUCGUCGACGUCACCAUUAAUGCCUUUGUCGUCGCAGCUCUCGUGCAAGGAAGAGGGGACGAGACAUGGUGGCAGAACGAGCUGCGUCAACAGCAGACAUCGGUUCGCUUUGCGCCGUCGAAUGAAGAUUCAAGUCCUCUUGGAGAAGGGACUGAACGUGGACGUGCGGUCGUCUCACCAAAGUGUCUGGCAAGCUCGACUCUCCCAUCCACGAGCCCUCGGCCCCAGGUCGUUUGUCUCCCAUUGGCGCCAAAUCCACAAACCUUUGAAUUCACCCCGGAGCACGACAUUGAUAACCCCGGAGACAACAAGGGGCUUGUUCAAGAGCCUAAUCGGCACCAGUCAACCGCACCUUGCCAGAUGAGGCGAUCUUUGCAGUUUCCGAGCGCAGCGCGAAGCGUCGACUCGAGAAGAUGGAGUAGUACCGAAUGA